CCAAGAUUCCCUUCUUCCGCGAAAUUGUGCUCAUGUCCUUCGAGUGCCCGCACUGCCACUUCAAAAACGCCGAGAUACAGUCUGCCGGCGAGAUACAGCAACGCGGCGUCAAGUUCACACUCAGAGUCGACACGUCGGACGAUCUGAGCCGCCAGAUUAUCAAGGGCGACACUGCGAUAUUCCGGGUCGAGGAUCUUGAUCUAGAGAUUCCGCCUGGUCGAGGACAGUUGACGAACGUUGAGGGUAUUCUUGCAAUGGUCGCACAAGAUCUAGAGCAGAAGCAAGAGGAGAGGAAACAAGUCGUGCCGGAGGUGUACGAGAAGGUCCAGGGAGUCAUCGAGACAUUAAAGCAGAUGGUGAGCGGGCAGAAGCUGCCAUUCAAGAUUACCGUCGAUGAUCCCGCCGGCAACUCCUCAAUCGAGCCACCAAGCGUGCUCCACGCAGGAAAGUACUCUCGAAACGAGUACCCACGAACUGCCGCCCAGAACGAAGCGCUUGGUCUGGGUGAUACCAGCGGCGAAGCACCAGCCACGGAAAUUCGCCCGGAAUACCAAGCCUCGCAUAUGUAUCCCGAGAUGCCUGAUGCCUCUGUGCCCAUGGUCAACAACGUAGACGAGGACGAUAUUGUCGAGAACCAAGUGUACUCGUUCCCCGCGACUUGUCCAGGAUGCACCAAGUCCUGCACAACAAACAUGAAGAUGGUCAACAUUCCUCACUUCAAGCAAGUUGUGCUGAUGAGUACUGUUUGUGACCACUGUGGAUACCGCAGUAACGAGGUCAAAACCGGAGGCGAAGUCCCCGAAAAGGGCCGCCGAAUCACCGUCUCGAUCGAUUCCAAAGAAGACCUCUCACGCGAUAUCCUCAAAGCCGAAUCCUGUGCGCUGUCUUGUCCUGAACUGAAUCUUAGCGUAGAGCCUGGUACGCUUGGUGGCCGAUUCACCACCGUCGAAGGGCUCCUGACACAGGUUCGCGAUGACCUGAAGUCUUCCGUGUUCGAUACUGGUGAUGCAGGAGACUCUGUAGAUUCAGCUUCCAGAGAGAAGUGGACAGUCUUCUUCGCCCAGCUUGAUUCGGCUAUUAGUGGUUCAGUCAAGUUCACCAUCGUCCUCGAUGACCCUCUUGCGAGCAGCUACGUUCAGAGCUUCACUGCACCAGAACCAGACCCUCAACUCAAGGUAGAGGAUUACCAACGAACAGAGGCGGAAGAGGAGGAGCUGGGACUGAAAGACAUGAAGACGGAGGGAUACGAGGAGGAGCAUGCGGCAGAGCAGGCAGCAGAGCAGGCGGCGACGAACGGCGCAUAGAUCUGACCGUAGAAACCUGAUGGGCAUUGAGAGUUCCUUAUUCUUGCAUUUGGGCCGGGGCCUCUUUAGAUACCAGGGCUUCGCCAGCCAUAAUAGAGCAUCUUCUUCACUACCAAUUUUUCCAUGCUUCCCUUUGGUUGUAGAAAUUGCCCAAAUCGUUUACCUCUUCAUCCCGCCAGGAGGUGCAUAUGCAUCAUGAUCCUCCUCGUCUGCACGUCUGGUGCCUUGUCAACUUGCCCUACACCGCAAGCCGCUGGAAUUCAUCAGGAAGCUUUCAACCCUCAAUUGACUUCUGUUCAAAUAUCGGAACCCCUCUUGGUCAAACAUCGUCUUCACCCAGCCAAGGGGUUGGCAUGUAUCGUAACCUUUUUAAUCUCAAUCCUCUCCUGUGGUCUUGACUUUUUAUCCACCGCGACCUUCUCGAUGUCAUCUAGCACCUCGAACCCCUCCAAGACCUUGCCAAAGACGGUAUUCUU